GGCUUGCCGUUCACACAAAUACAUCGAGGUGGAGAGACGAAGACGGAAGUACACGGAAGUGAAAACUCACUGUCAACCAACCGCCCGCCAAAGUUUGAAACAGGCUUGUUUGGGAGAACCUCGUAAAGAUGGCGUUGAGAGAAAAGUCGGCACAACACCGACAGAAAAGUGUAAAUACGACGUUUGAAGCGUCCAGCAUAAACUCUUCCACUGUCGAGGAGAAGCUGUUUGGCCAUGCAGGAGAGGACGAGGACGGUGACGACGGGCCUGUGGUCUUCAUCUGCGGGAAGUGCAAGUUACCUGUUGGGGAUUCACUGUCCUGGGAUGGAAGUGAAGACGGCCAAAACCAAAUUAGACUGAAGCGAGUCACUGACAACGUCUUGGUUGGAGAGGACACUCGACUGUAUGAAGCAAGCAAGAAAUCUCUCUGUUUGAUCACAGAUCUCUUCUGUCAAGGAUGCAGCUCUGUGCUUGGCAUGAUUUAUGCAUCCACUCCUAAGAACCUGGACCACAAGAGAUUUGCAUUCUGUUUGAACGUAGCAGACAUCGACAGUUAUAUCCUUGGCUCUGCAAACCAGAUGUUGGCAGCAGAGGGCCCCAAAGAGCAGCCGGUCACACUGGAGUACAGAGGCAUUGUUGAACAACAGCUGACAGAGAUGAAAAUGCUGGUCAUGUCCAUGGCACAGAGGCUGGAGGAGAUCGAAGCCGGCCUUUAGGAUGGAUGUGACGAGAUGUGACACUGAUGGACGUCAACUUGUCUGGGUGGGUCCUUUGUCCAGGUGUUGAACAGGAGGAUUUAAUAUCCUCACUCCUCACCCUACUUUUUACAUCAAUGCUUCCUCUAAGUUUCAUCUCCAACAGUGUUCCCUCAGUAACACAUUUUGUUCUAGUCUCACCUUGUGCACCUACACACACACACAUACACAUACAGAGUCUCCACUCCGCUUUGUUCCGAUUACCGAUGGUGAAACAAAGGCUGCCUGCACUUGUAAUCAAUCAUGUUGUCAGCUCGGCUCCUGUGGCUCACAGCACCAUCUUCUCUGUGUGUCUCAGUGCAGAGUGAAUGUACGCUAAGAGCAGAAUGUUUAUUUGUGCAGGAUUUCAUCAGGCAAGCUGCACACUCAGCACAAUGCCCUAUCGAUCGGGCCACUCGAGGCCACACACACUUUUUCUUUGUUCUCCUCGAGCAUGGAGCCUUGAAGGCAGACAGAAUUGUUGAAUAUAAGCUUUCAAUGGCCAGAACUGAACAACACUGUUUGUAUUUAAACAAGGUUUUAACCCUCUUUAAUAUUGACUGCAUCAGUGAGGUAGAAUAUUGGAUGUUUUUCAAAUAUUGCCUUAAGAUGGACAGUAGUUUGCAUUUGCUCAUUUGUUGUUGUCACAUUGACGCCUUGUUGAUUUGUUUGUUCACUCUUGUUUCAUUUGUCCUCAGUUGUGUACACCUUUUUUGUCUUUUGUAUUUUUGUGUAAUAAAGCGUUUAACCGGU